UGGCGCGCGUGUUUGCAAUCGGUUUAGCAUUCGUAUCCGUGGCGCACGUGCUUAUUUGAGUCUGUGAGUGGCGCGAGCAGUCUCUCCGCGCGCCUUUUUUUUUUUGCCAAAAUGGGAGACGUGUUUUGUCUCGUCAUACUACAAAGCGGCAACAGACGAAAGCUGAAGCUGACGACUGGAACCCACGUCGAACUCCUGGAGAAACUGGCCGGAAUCGUGGAAUUCGAUUCUGAAAACACCCUGAUCCAAAUAUUCGAUGCUGACCUGGACGACUUUGUAGACCUUUUGCCUGGAGAUGCAAUUCCAAACAAAGCAAAGCUGCGCGCUUUUUCAAGAAGUGCUUCGACCAUGUGCGGUGUACCAGUGACUACCUGUGGUCACAACGCUCCACCCGCUUGUCCACCUCCUCAGGCCACCUGUGCAAGCGAGACAGCUUCAGCCCAUGGAGAAGGUGAUGUUUCACUGCAAGCAUGUGAUGCUGCAGAAAUUCAAGAAACCACUGACUACACUAUGGAAACAUCAGAACCAGUGCUUUUCAUUGAAAUACCUAGGUUGUCUGUGACCUCGUCAGACGCUGCUGUACAGACCAUUGCAGUGGCUGAAUGUGAUACACUUGGGGUGCCUGGUGGCACAGCUGCGAAGGUCCCGCACGUUCAAGAAGAACCGAGUUCAGUGCUGCCCAACAAGUCAAUGAGCACCAUAGCUGUGGUGUCAACAGGCAACACUGCACCCAGCCCUAUCGCAAAGUGUAACCGUGACGACUGUCUCAAGUUUGUGCUUCCUCCUUCCUUUGGCAUCUCGUGCGACACCUUCUUGGAGAACAAGUGGCCGGUCACCGCUAAAGUCAGGAGGCACAUCGUGUCAGUCCUUUUUAAGGCGUGCUGCAAGAUGACUCUAUAUCCGACAAACAGACUGUACAGUAGAGUACUGGACUCGUUGGUGACAAAGUACCCACACGUGAUGGAAGGAAAGUAUGACAGGCGUCGCUGGUUGAUCGCCCUGAAGAGCAGGUUCAAAACUGCGCGGCAAAAGCUUCCAGAGUCUUCAGCUGCUGUGGAUGAAGUGAAAAAAAGGUGUCGACUCAAACGGACGCUGGCUGAUGCCGAUGGCGAGCAUGCCUAUGCUGACGGACAGCACAUGCCUGCGAGCCAGAAAUCACCUCUGAGUUCAUCAACCGACUUGCAUAUGAGCCAGGACAAGCCAAGCCAGCAGGAUUCUGGUGGGCCUGAUGACACAUCUUCUCAAGCCUUCGGGGCUGAAAAUUCGCACACAUUUGAAACCACUCCUUCGGACUCCGUGGAGUCGAGCUCUGCAUCAGACCUGGCUGUGUCUCUAGCAGAGAGUAACCAGCCUGAAGAAGAGUUGUUUGAUUGUCCGGACUAUCACGAUGCUGUCUUGGAGGAUGUCACCGUUUCUGAGCUGCUUGGAAUGUGCACCGACGAAGCAGCCUCAGAAACUCUGAUGGCAGAAGAAGGUGGUCAAGCUUCCCCAGACAAACAAGAAAAUUGCGACAAACCAGCAGAGGAACCAGAGGAAGUCAGGUACUACAAAAGAACGCAAGUUUCCCCAGACAAAAGAAAAAGUUCUGACAAGCCAGCAGAGGAAGUCAGCCGUCAAGGGGAGCCGCCAGAGGAGCAAGUGGAGGUGCCCGACUGUGAGCCUGACAGCGGACCUGACUGUGAAGAGUUCAAGUUGCCUUCAUUUGGCAUUUUUGAUGAUUUGCUCCGGAUCCAGGUGCCAGUCAACACCCUGAUGCAGCGUCACAUCAUUUCCAAGCUUUUUGAUACUCUUUGCAAGAUUACUGUGUACCCAUCAACAUAUCAAUACGAUGCAGCCGUGGACAGCCUGUUAGAGAAGUACCCGCACCUGUCAAGCAUCAAGGGAAAAAAAGGAAAGAAGUUUUGGAGGACUGCACUAAAGGCAAAGUUCUACACCUUUCGAAACACAGUAGCAGGCAGUGUGUGGAACACACGCCAGGCUAAGAGCAAGUACGCUGAGGAGCUUAGGCAACAACGAGAUAACGAAGGUGCACAACAUACCUCUCGACCUCUGUACAUUGAUUUACGGCUGUCGGAAGACGAGGACAAAGCAUGCCACCAAGGUAAAUCCGAAGCUUCUACAGUUGCAGAGAACAUGGACUACCACAAGCAAGCGCUGCUCGCCAAGGCGAGGCAUGUUGCUGUUCGCGAGAUGACAGUGGAGAACGCCAUUUCGACUUUUCCCGUGUACAGGAAAGAGUCAUCCUUGCUCGGAGAGUUCAAGACUCUAUGGAGGGCUGACAUUGCUGACUGCUUUGAGAAGGGCAUCAAGAAGCUGUUCCUCAUACUCAUGAACUGUGGCACGAACGAAGAAAUCAAGGCAAUGUCUAAGCCUGGAAACGACAUUCUCAUGGUGGUGCUGAAGGCCAUUGCCAGGAGAUGCGGGGAGAGGCUGGGUUCUCUCUUGAUCGAGGGCAAUGCGCUGCCGACACCCUGCCUCGUCACACACGUCGACAAGAGCGUCGACGUGUUCGUCAAUGGUGUCCACCUGUUCACCGCAUCGUCUCUGCUUGGGGGCCUCUGUGCGCUGUUCGCGUCUUUCUGGGUGUUCCAUAUCGAGUACUCCAGGCACGCGAAGGGCAUCUUGACAUUUCUGGAGCACGCCUUUCUUUACUUCAACUACACCACGCCACACAACAAAUGUAGACGGUUCAUUAAUUUGUACAAAAGGUCAUCAUCGUAGUGUGCGUCUGUUGUCAAGUGCAACCAGAGGAGCAUACUGUGUUGGUGGGGCCCCAGUGCUUUGGAGAAGUUAAUUCUUAAACUUUUAGUCAUUGCAAUGAGCACUACUUGCAGGUUAGAGAUCUCCCGAUCCACUUGAAUAUGAUUUCAUGCUAAGGCUAGACUGGUCAUCAUGGAAUAGUAACAACUAAAGAACCAUGGCAAGUUGUGUAACUAAACACAACUGCAAUUUGAACUAGUGUGAAUCCAGUAAGAGAGCAGAUGAACAUAACGGAUGGGCCAGUGUAGUGUGUUCUUGCUGUUGGUAUCUCAAAGUUUCUUCAUUUCUGCAGUGUUAAGUUGAAAGUGUUUUAUGCAUAACCAGCAGUCUAAAAUCAAUAAGAAUGGGCAAAUUAAAGUUUCUUGCUAGAAGCACAAUUGCUUAAAUUGCUGUUUAUUGAAGGUAACCAAAAGUGUUGUGCAGACUUGUAAUCGUACAAGGACAAUCAAUAAGAGGCAGAAAGAAUAAAAUGUUGUGCAUUCCUUAUUCAUUGUCCUUGUCUUAAUGCGCUGCUUUAAAACUGUGUUGAAUGCAGUCAAUGCCUCAAGUCACAUUGUAUGUUAACCUUACCCUUGUUCAAAAUUUGUGCUGAGUGAGUUUUAGUUUCUUAUUCAUUCAACAACGUAACAUUCAACCAAUGUGAGCAGCAUGCCUGCACAUGGAUAGGUUGUCACGAGUGCCUUGAAAAACUUCUCACUUGCUGUUUUGAGAAAUGGUGCUUAUCAGUGGCACAUAUCUUAAUAUAGCCAGCAUGGACUGCCUUCAACCUCGAAGAGGACAGUGGCAUCUCCACUGACUGCAUUUUAAGCAAGUGUUCUGAAGUUGAACUGUCUGUUGGAACCUGUGAUACCUUGUCAGUUGGUGCUGGCGAACGGCAAGGGAUAACCUGCCAGCACAAAAACAAUGCGUACUCCAUGUUAAUAUGCAGGAUGUUGCUUAUACCAUUUUGUUGUAUUGUUUAUGGUGUAUAUAUAUUUUUGUAAAAGGCUUGUUUACAGAGAACAGCAACAAUGCAGAAUAAGCUAUUGCAUCUUUGACAGGUCAUAUUAUAGUGAUACACCAAGUUUGCAAAUGUCUUUCAGGAUAGAAAGAAGCUUUUUAUUUCAAAACUAAGUAAUCUCCAGUGCAUAUUAUGAAGGCUGGAAACUUGUUCUAGCCAGCUUAUUCUCAUAGUAUCGGGCUGAAUUUCACAAUUUUAUAGUGACGCAACUGAUCUGUGACUGAGAAUAAACUUCAGCUGUUUGUUGUCUUUU